AGAAUAGGAAGAAGAAGAAUAAAUGCGCUGUCCCCAUUGGCCGGUUCUCCAGCCAAUCCAGAGAGACCACAGAAGUGACGUAAGGACGCUCAAGAUGGCGUCAGAUUCAAACGGCUCACGUAGAAGUAUUUCAGGCUGAGGAAGCCAGUCCAACGCCAGACCAUAGCGAUGCAGACAGAAGCAGAAAAGAAGAGGAGGCAGCGUGACCGAGGGAGGCACGGAGAGACACAACAGAGAGCCGAGGAGGACGUGGCAAGGACAGGGAUCUUCACCACCAUGAAGAAACACAGGAAGACGGCAGCAGGAGGCGGAGAGGAGAGAGCUGAUGAAGGGGGGAAAGGAGAGCCUGGAGGGGGAGAGGGAGAGAGAGGGAGGGGGAGGAGGGCGGCGUCAGACGGAGGUGAGCAGAGAGCGAGAGUCCAGCAUCUGGAGAAGGAAAAGCUUGAGCUGAUGUCAAGCCACAACGAGGAGCUGUGCCUCCUGCAGGCCGAGCUGACCCGGCUCAGGUCCUCUGUGGAGCAAGGAGAGGCUCAGCGGGUGGAGCUGCAGUACCAGCUGACCAUCAGCCAGAGAGACGCCGACCGGGCGUCGCAGCUCGGCAGAGACAAACACACGCUCACAGAGCGAGCAGCAGAGCUCCAGCUGAAGGUCCAGGAGCUGCAGAGAUCCCUCCAGAUCACCGGGAAGGCCAGAGAGGAGGACCAGCAUGCUUUGCAGCAGGAAGUGGAGGAGCGGGAUAAACUGAUUCAGAGCUUCAGCUCAGAGAACCAGCGGCUGCACCGAGUCCUGCAGGAUCAGGAGGAGGCGCUCGAGGAGUCUGAGAGGAGGGUGGUGGAGGUGAUCAAGGAGACGGAGAAGGAGGCCGAGGUCAACAGACGACAAGGUGACGAGGUGAAGUACCUGACGGAGAGAGAGGAGAGGAGCAGGAGGGAGAAGGAGCUUUCAGAUCAGAGGGUGAGGUCUUUAGAGUCCAGCAUCGAGGCGGAGCGAGCCGCUCACCUGGAGUCCAAGUUCAACUCUGAGCUCAUGCAGUUAAGGGCGCGCGACCUGGAGGCGGCGCUGUCGAUGGCGCGGUCCAGCCAGCAGGAGGCUCAGUCCGACCUGCAGCUGCUGAGGGCUCAGUUCAGAGAGGUCGAGAGAGCUUACAACGUGGAGAGAGAGAGGAGCGGCGGCACUGAGCGCGCUCUGGAAUGUUUGCAGAAAGAGUUCGAGACGUUCAAGUCUGAGCUAAACAUUACCUCCGAGACAGAGAGAAAGGUGACCUCUGACCUCAGAGAAAGUCUGGAGGAGGAGAAGAGACGGCACGCUGACACAAACACACUACUGGAGCAGACGUCUCAGCGACACUCUGACACCGAGGAGGCCUUUAGGAACUUUGUGAGACACAUCAAGGACACACUGCAGCAACACGACAGCACAGGAGCAGUGAAGGAUGAUGGGAAUCUGAGUCCUUCUGAGGAAGCCUUGCAGCUGCUGAAGGCGACACUGAGCUGCUGUGGACACAGACAGGAAGUGACUGAGAAACAGGUCCAGGAUCUGCUGUUAGAAUCAGAGAGGCUACAAGCGGAGAACCAGACCCUCCAACAGCUGACCUCAGACCAGAACCGACACAUGGAGGAGUCGCAGCAGGAGUCAAUCAAACUGCGGGAGGAAGUGACACGGCUUCUCCGGGAGAGCUCUGAUUGGUCGGUGAAGGGCCGAGGUCUGCAGGCGGAGCUGGAGAAAGAGAGGGAGGAGAGGGGGAGAGAGAAAGAGGAGAGGGUGGCAGAAGUCCAGAAGAUGAUGGAGCACUAUCAGGAAGAGUCAAAGGCCCGGCUGUCCUUCCUCUACCGUCUCUACCAGCGCCUGCUUGCCGGCUGCGUUCUCCUUGAUCAGCCCCAGAGCCUUCUGGGUAAUUUCACCUGGGUGGAGCUGUGUGACGUCAUCGCCGAGCAGGUCGACCAGCUGACCUCUGACCUCCGGACGGCCAAUGAGAAGAUCGCCCUCCUGCAGAGUGUGUGCAAGAAGAAGAGUGUGUGUGUGCGCAAGCUGCAGCGUAGUCAGGAGUGUGUGUUGUCACGUCUGGAGGAGAGCGUACGGAGGAGGGAGGAGGCGUGGAGCCGCCAACACACACACACGAUCACACAGCUGCAGAAUGAGCUGCAGCGUUCUCACUCUCAGUGCAAUUCCCUCCGAGACCACGCCUCCUCCCUGGAGCUCCGCCUCUCCUCCCUGACCUCCGACCUCUCACGUUGCCAUAAAGACUCCGCCUCCUUCCUGUCGGCCUGCGCCCUCCUGGCCGGGGCGCUCAGACACGCAGACCGCCGCCUGCUCGCCCUCUGCGCGCAGAAAACCCUCCUGAGCCGACGCCUGGUGGAGCGGGAGCAGCUGGAGGAGGACGUGAGGACGCUGGCGGGAGCUUUAGAAGGAGAGGAGGAGGAAGAAGAGGAAGAGGAGAGAAGAAGAAGGAGAAGGAGGCGUUGGAAGAGGAGCGUGUGGGCAGUGCUGGCGGUGAGGAGGUGGCGUGUGCUGGCCAGUCAGACGUCUGUGUUGUUGCGGGUGGACAGGGGAGGCGGGGCAGCCGUGUGCGUCUGUGGAGGGACGAACGCGGCGUCACAGAAAGGUCAGGAUGAACCAAACACAGAUAAAGGUGACGAUGGCGGCCGUGAAGCUGCCUGUGCUCGCCUGCUUCACUCUGAACACCUCUCCUCCAUCGUUCUUUCCUCCAUGUCUGACCUGCAGGGGGCGCUUACAGACACAGGCUCCUCCCCUUUGGACCUGAAGACAGCAGCUCAUUCCUCUUUGUCCCGCCUCCUGGAUCACGUUCUCGACCAAUCAGACGCAAGGAGCAGCCUGUCUCCGGGCAGAGUGGACGAGGAGACGGCCAGCAGAGCGAGAGCUCCACAGAACGACAUGAAGGCCCUGGUCUCCUCCCUCCAGCAGCACUUCCUGCUCUUCAGCCAACGCCUGCACUCCGCUGAGGUGGAGAGGCGGAGCUUAAGGCUGGAGGUGACCAAUCUGAAGAGAGGGCUGAGGCGGGGGAGAGACGAGACCUGCAGGACGGUCCCUGCAGAGCGGUUCCACAGCGUGUGUGAGGAGCUCCGUCAGGCGCUGAGCAGGGAGCAGGAGGCCCAGACGCUCCUGCAGGAACAGACACACACUCUGCACACACUGCAAGAACGAGCGAACACACACACGUCGGGGCAGAGCGACACGGAACACACACUGAGGGAGACCGCACAGCAGGCUCGGCAGGAGGCGGGACGUAAGGAGCGCUCGCUGAGGAUUGUGGGUAAGCACCUGUCGGGGGUUCAGAGGGAGAAGAAGCAGCUGGAGGAGAGGCUGCAGCAGGUGGAGGAGGAGCUGAGGGGUGCAAACAGGUGUAACGAUUGUCUGAGUGGACGCACGAAGGCUGCAGAGACGACGGCCUCGAAGGUUGCUGAAAUCCCCAAAACAUCUCCGCCUGCUGACCCAGGAUCCUCCCAUCCUCUUCCCUUCUCUGAUUUGUCGAAUGAGACGCCCGUCUCUUUAAGCACCGCCCCUUCUCAGCCAAAACCCGCCCCCUCAUCGCCCCUCUCCAAAAACCCUCGAGCCAAAAGGAAGGAGAGGAAGGCGGUGAAGAAGAGCGGAGUAGGUAGAAAAUGAACAGACACCAGGAGUAGUUUUUUUUUUCUGAUGACGUGAGAAUGUGAAGCUUGGAGAUCCUGGAGAUCUGGGAGAUCCUAGAGAUCCUGGAAAUCCUGGAGAUCCUGGAGAUCCGGGAGAUCUGGGAGAUCCUGGAGAUCCUGGAGCUCCUGGAUAUCCUAGAGAUCCUGGAGAUCCUGGAGAUCCUAGAGAUCCUGGAGAUCCUAGAGAUCCUAGAGAUCCUGGAGAUCCGGGAGAUCCUGGAGAUCCUAGAGAACCUUGGAGAUCCCGGAGAUCAUAGAGAUCAUAGAGAUCCUGGAGAUCCUAGAGAAUCUAGAGAUCCUGGAGAUCCUUGAGAUCCUAGAUAUCCUAUAGAUCCUGGAGAACCUGGAGAUCGUAGAGAUCCUGGAGAACCUGGAGAUCCUAGAGAUCCUGGAGCUCCUUGAUAUCCUGGAGAUCCUAUAGAUCCUGGAGAUACUAGAGAUCCUAGAGAUCCUGGAGAUCCUAGAGAUCCUAGAGAUCCUAUAGAUCCUGGAGAUCCUAGAGAUCCUAGAGAUCCUAGAGAUCCUGGAGAUACUAGAGAUCCUAGAGAUCCUAGAGAUCCUGGAGAUCCUGGAGAUCCUAGAGAUCCUGGAGAUCCUAGAGAUCCUAGAGAUCCUGGAGAUCCUGGAGAUCCGGGAGAUCCUAGAGAUCCUAGAGAUCCUGGAGAUCCUGGAGAACCUGGAGAUCCUAGAGAUCCUGGAGAUACUAGAGAUCCUAGAGAUCCUGGAGAUCCUGGAGAUCCAGGAGAUCCUGGAGAUCCUGGAGAUCCUGGAGAUCCUAGAGAUCCUGGAGAUCCUGGAGAUCCUGGAGAUCCUUGAAUACAGUUGUCCAGGAAGUGAAAGUCUGGAAGGUCACGCAAAGUUUUGACAAGGCUUUAAGAGAGUCAACAAACAUGAAGACAAUCAAAUCCAUAAAAUCAGAUUGGAAAAAAUAGUUUUUUAUGUCAUUUUUUAAAUAUAUUUUUUACACACACACAGGGACAGAAGAUGAAGUCUGAUGUGUGUUAAACUGUAUGAGUAGAUUUUAAUCUUCAGUAAAAACAUUUUUGUCCUAA